AUGUCGUCCCCGCUUCCAAAUUUCUGCGACCUCUAUAUCAGCAAGACCAUGCAUGCAACACGUAGUGGUCAGAUCUACUCCCAUGAACCCUUGAGAAGGGAAGUUACUUCUGGUGACGGGGAUUCUGAUAGCGAUAGCAACUAUUCAGGAUACCCCGAUAAUGACGACGGCGAUGAAGAACAUAAUCAGGGCAGAGAGAGAAGACCCCAGGAAUUUGGCGUCUUCUCGGAGGAUGAAGAUUCUGACGAUGAAGCACUACACACUGUGCUCGCUGUCGAUCAUUGCAGAUUGGUACGAUCAAGGAGACAGUCAAGGGAGCAAUUGAGUCCAUACUUCGCUUUCCAAGUUGGUGUGGCGGAGGUUGAAACCCGCAGUAUUCGAAUUGGCUCAUUAAGGCAAGGAGGAGAAGAGAAGUGCUCGUGCGGAAAAGAGCUUUGCUUCCACGUUGCCAGGCUGAAGUCGGCAAUGGGCAUAGACGCCGGCGACGACUGUUACGAACGCCUUAACGAGCGUGGCAUGUCCAAUGUAUGUGAAGACCUUGGAUGGGAUUUCUCAGACGAACCUUAUCUUUUUCCAGCCCCUCAAUGGUCGCUUAAGAAUGAGAGACCAAGGACAAGUACAACAACCCGCGAAAGGGAGGCUGACGUCAGGGACAUGUUAUCAUUUUUUCAUCCACAAGCAGUGGCAGACGAGUACCGAGAUAUUUUUGAUUUCGCUGUGCACAACGACGCCGUCCUUGUUCCCUAUAACCUGGAAGCAACUCUGGCCAAAUUACUGACUCAAGAUGAUGUCAUCUUUCAUCGAUUUGAACAACACAUCCCCAGAGAGCGCCGUGAUAUUAUGUAUCUACACAAGAUGGAGGACAAAUUCAACGAAUCACUCCGACAACUAGAUGACUAUGCAGCUUCCGGCAAUCUUUCAAAUUGGGAUGCCAUGGCGCCAUUCGACAACGUUGGUUUUGAACACAAUGUACCAUGGUGUGCCCAAGCUCUCAUACACAUCAGUGACUCAAUGAGGGACAAUCUGAGGUGGAGAGUCGGUAUGAGUAGGAAUAAUCAACUACAAGCAGCAGCAACGUUGAUCCGAAUGCUGGAGGCUAUUCGCUCGCGCAAUGUCGACGUAUACUCUAACCAUUCUUUUCGGCGCAACAGACCUCACGGAGAACAGUUAACGAAUCGAAACCUCUACUUGAACUUACUUGGUCCACAAUCUGAGAAUGUUCCAGAUAGAAGCGACUUUAUUAUUGAUGCACUUGAAUAUUUGCCUGGGAACGUCGUUGCCGCAGGUGAUUUUGUCAAUCGCUUAGAUCGUCUUCGCGCCGACUUGAGCAGUGUAGCAUUCGUUUCUCCGAGACGACUUUAUGUGAACAGAUUGGGACAGCUCAUUUCAAAGCUCAGAGUAAAUUAUGGGCUUCCUCCAGUUUCUGUUUCGUCAGCCAGGCCGGCUGCAAGCGCUGCUUCUACCGACCUCAGCUCUUCCUACAGUGUUGGACCAAGCGCUUCGUCGUAUGCCGUAGCUGGCCCGUCGUCUCUCGAAGUACCUGAUUCUUCUUUAAGAAAUAGACGAGGUUCCUCAACUCGUUCAACAUUGGGAAAGCGGUCCGGCAGAUCUGCUAGUUCCAAUGAUCGACGUGGAAAACGCGCCAUGAAGUAA